AUGAAGCCGGCGCGGCUUCUGCUGCUGCUGAGCGGGUGCGCGCUGCUGCUGGCGCCGGCUGUGCGUGGCUGCGGGCCGGGCAGGGUGGUGGGCAGCCGCCGCCGGCCGCCCCGCAAGCUCAUCCCGCUCGCCUACAAGCAGUUCAGCCCCAACGUCCCCGAGAAGACGCUGGGGGCCAGCGGCCGCUACGAGGGCAAGAUCGCACGUAACUCGGAGCGCUUCAAGGAGCUCACGCCCAACUACAACCCCGACAUCAUCUUCAAGGACGAGGAGAACACCGGAGCCGAUCGGCUGAUGACCCAGCGCUGCAAGGACCGCUUGAACUCGUUGGCCAUCUCGGUCAUGAAUCAGUGGCCAGGAGUGAAGCUGCGGGUGACAGAGGGCUGGGACGAGGAUGGGCACCACUCAGAGGAGUCUCUGCAUUAUGAGGGUCGAGCUGUGGACAUCACAACCUCGGACCGUGACCGCAACAAGUACGGGAUGUUGGCUCGCCUGGCCGUGGAGGCUGGUUUCGACUGGGUCUACUACGAGUCCAAGGCCCACAUCCACUGCUCUGUCAAGUCAGAGCAUUCAGCUGCUGCGAAGACAGGGGGCUGCUUCCCAGGGUGGGCGCUGGCAACGCUGGAGAAUGGUGCCCAGACACCUCUGUGGGCACUGCGCCCAGGUCAGCGGGUACUGGCGAUGGAUGGGGCAGGCAGGCCCACCUACAGUGACUUCUUGGCAUUCCUGGACAAGGAGCCCCGUGCCCUCACCUCCUUCUAUGUCAUUGAGACGCAGGAGCCACCCCGGCGCCUGACCCUGACACCCACCCACCUGCUCUUCGUGGCUGAGAACUCCUCGGCGCCCGCCGCCCGCUUCCGCCCCACUUUUGCCAGCCACGUGCGGCCUGGACAUUUUGUGCUGGUGGUGUCGGGGGGAGGCAGCUUGCAGCCCGCCGAGGUGGUGGGGGUGCUGGACCGGAGGGAUGUGGGAGCCUAUGCCCCGCUGACACGCCACGGGACGCUGGUGGUGGACGGUGUGGUGGCCUCAUGCUUUGCCCUGGUGCAGGAGCAACAUCUGGCACAGCUGGCCUUCUGGCCACUCCGGCUCUACCACAGCCUGGUAGGGUGGCCAGGGGCACAGGGAGAUGGGGUGCACUGGUACUCGGGGAUGCUCUACCACCUGGGCAGGCUGCUCCUGCCUCCUGACAGCUUUCACCCACUGGGGGUACCCCAGGCAGAGAGCUGAGGAUGUGUCCGACCUGCAGCCGGUGCUACUGGUGGAGGUGGUGGCUGCAGGGCAGCUCAACAGGGGCCAGCACCCCUUCCCAAAGCUGGGUGCCCAUGGGGAGCUGCCGUCAACACUGUCUGCUUGAGGCACAGUCACCUCCUGGAUAGGGGGCACCAGAGCUCCAUGGUGUGCUUCCUCCAUGCUCACCACCUGUUCCUCUGGGGGCAGAGGGUAGGCAUGAAGGGUCCCCUCGGACAUGGGAGUGCCCCCAGCUGGAUCCACAUGCUGCUAUUUGUGUGUGUAUGUGUUGAUGUGCGUGUGCAGAAUUAGCUAAUGACAGGUCUGAUAGAUGAGGAAUGGGAAGAGCCUCUGGCUGGAGGUUGCUCCAGGAGGGCUCCCAGCCUGCCUGCACCCAGCAGUGAGGAGUCACUGGGAAUGGGGCCCCAGGGCCAUUUGCUGGGAAGCCUGGGCAGGAGGAGGGGUGAUGCUAUUUCCACCCCUGGGACAGGGUGGUGGAGGGUGACCCAGGUACUAGGGCUUUGCCUUACCCUCAGCCCAGACAGAAGGUGCAGCGAGGCACCCAAAAACAGUCCCUGUAGGCCAGGGGUGCCAAGCACUGGCCAGAUUUGAGGGGCUGACAUGGCUCUGGCAUGAGACCCGUGAUUCGGUGACAUGAGUGCUGCUGGAGCAAAACACUAGAGAAUGGGAUCCUGAGCUCUGCUCUAAACUACCACCCAGUCAGGCAUGUUCAUGGGGACUCCGUGACAGCUUUAGCUGGCAAGAGGGGGCUGCCGAAACAGGUGUGAAGGCAGGAGGAUGUGAGUGCCACCCAGGCAUGGGCAUGCAGUGGUGUGAGCAGGAGUAGGGAAUGCUAAGGCAGCAGCCCCAGCCUGCUGCAGCUGGAGGACAGAAAGUGGCUGAGGAGAAAGAGCUCCCCCCCUUGCCUUCUGAGCUUCCCACCCUGAGCUGGCUUAGCCCCAAGCCAUGCCUUUCCCAUCCUGAAACUAUAAAAACUCCCCAAGCUCCAGACCCUGCCUGGUUUCAACUCCCUGAUGUCCCAGCACCCCAAACCCUCAGGGUAACUUGUUGCUGCUCAACUGCUCCUGGGACCUGGGGGGCAUCCCAUAAGAGCUGCAACCAUGGUCCCCCCCGAAAAUCCUUGCUAGACCCUCAGCCUCCCCUGGCUCCAGUCUAGCAGAAGGGGUGGGGGGCUGUGACCUGCAUCCCCACUGCAGCAUCACGCGUCCUUAUUUAUUUAUCUGCUCUUUUUAUGUAC